AUGACCGAAGAAUGGAAAGAGAAAGAACUUCAGCAACUUGCCAUCAUUCACGAAUUACGCCAACGACAAGUGGACCCCUCUGCGGAAUUCGUGGAAUUUCCACAGCCUGCACCCUCUCAGCUGGCAUUAUUACAGAUCUACACGGACGUAUUAGACGAGAACGAUACUGCAAGAGCGACAGCAAAGCGAAUCAGCGACUGGGUACUUUCCGUACCAAGUCGCGAUAUCUGCUACGACAUUGCCAGUGCCUAUGGCGACGUACUCCACGUUCUAUUCGGAGCCGCACGCCAGUUUUCGUCCCGGAAACACCUUGAGAUACUGGCAGAUCUCACAGUCGAACUCGCGAAUCUACCCGACGUCUGUAACGAUACAGACAAACCGAUAGUAUUUGAGGAAGGCACCGUCGUGGUUCAGCCAGGAGAGAAGAUCAAGCUACAUUCUCAGUCGAGAGGUGAACUAUGGUCUGGGCUGCCAUAUGUUGCUUCUGGUAUCGGAAACGAUUUGCGUAGUGGGCCCCUUCAGUUCCACCAGAUCUCUGGCAAUGAACAUGAUGGUGAUCAGCUAUCAUCUUGCAAAUCCGAGGACAUGUACACUAACAUCAACACAUUUGCCGCUCUGAUAGCACGACAAGAUCUUCCACAAGCAUCUCAGCUGACCAGUUGUGUCGAUUUUGCCUUUGCAACCUUUGCGUUCAUGGAGCACGGUCCUGGGACAAACUACGACCGAGAUGCACAUCAUGCAAUUCGCGCAGCGAGUGCUUGGUUGGUGAUUGCGGGCAGACAAGUGGUGGCUGCAGGGUCGCCCUCCACCAAGAACAGUCGCAUUUCUGGUAGUCUAUGGGAGGCUGAAGGCGGCACCGAUGCCGUGGAUGUCAAACGACUGCGAUUUUGGAGAGGCCGGUUUCAACACUUCAGGGAAUCUGGGAGACUUUUAGACCAAAAGGCCGUGGAUGCUACGAUCGAGGCUACGGCAGCUCUUGAUGACUUGAUCGCCGCGCAAGGUUAA